AUUUUUCUGAUAUUCUGCAAAGCGUUCACAAUCUCUUUGGAAAUUUGAGCAAUUCCAGUGUUCUAAACCCUGCAAAGUAACCCUGCAAAGUCUAUUUAGGUGUUGAAGGUGUGCCAGAGGUCAUCAUAGGUCAUUUAAUAAUCAAUAGAUGUAUUCCCGACAAUGUUCUUGUUGACUUAGUGAAAUUGUUCUCACCUUAUGGACAUCUGAAUUAAUGGUCCCCAUAUGGUCUCAGUCUGCAGAAUCCUCCAGGAGUUUGACCAAGGUCACCAUCAUCAGCUGGACAUUACAGGACCAGGCUGACCGAUAUGAUAACUGCUGGUGUCCAGCUGUUAGUCUGUCUGUGUGUCAGCUGGCUCAUUCAUAUUUUCUUUGACUGGACAGUCCAAGUGAUAAACUAUUUCUCCAACAGCCGGUAGCAUUCUGUUUCCAAGGUAAUCUGGCCUUACUCCAGCAGCCUGUAACAUUCUGUUCCCAAGGGAUCCAUUCUUGGCACCUACUAGUACUCCUGAGGACAUUACACCCAUAUUAGAAAAUUUACGGAAAAAAGGGCAGAAAAUAAUUCAGAAACUAACCAAGCUUUUAUUUUCAAAGAUGUCUCCAGGAGCUCUUCUGAUGUGUGUUGUGUAUUCAGGACUUGGUUGAUGAUCAAUCUUUGGUUAUCAUUAUGGCAGACAUCCGAUUCUUUUCUUGUGCUGAUGGCUAUAUUAUGAUAAAAACUCAUACUCCCAGUUUAUAGUCUCCGGGGAAAACUGUUUCAAUACAGUGUCCCCACCUCCAGUGCUGCUAGGAUUGAUCAGAGUGUACUGCCUGUUACCACCCUGGGAAAGGUAACUUGUCAUUAUAUAUCAACAACUGUAAACAAAUUCAACAUGUGAAGUAUUCAAUUCUCAGCUAAACAUUCAAUACUCCUGGGAGUAUUUCCUACUUUAUACCAACUGCUGGAUCAAUCAGUAUUAUUAAGAAAACUGUAGAAACGGUAUCAAUUAAAUGCAGUGUCUUUGUUUAAACAGCAGCUUGUAUCAUAGAAUCUAAUUAAUUCCUCAUCUGUGCCAUUCCACCAAGACUGGAAAUUUAACUGUUUUAGACAAUUAUGUAACACAGUAAAUUGUAAGACAGAUGGCUAGUCUGUGUUGCUUCAAUGGACUUGUGUUUUUGGAUUACUGACAUAUUUGAGGAAGAAUUCUUGACUAAUUUGGGGAACAAUAAACCUGUUUAAAAAGUGAAUACAUAAGCAGUAUAAACUUCGUCUGUGGUUCCAAUUGGAUUUUAUCUUAACCAAAAUUGUGGCAUAACUGGAUUUAUUUUUACCAUGGAGGAAAGACCAAAGACCAUUCAAUUGUGUUGUAACAGCAGGAACGUGUCGGACAUCCAGAUUCAUUGUCCUCAGGAUUUAAGUGCUUUCGCGAUGCCUCUCCUGGAGCCGGAUGUGCGGGAUGUGGCAAAUGAUUUUCCCGAUGGUGAAUUUCGUCCACGGGCAGGCUCAACAGGCCUCAGAGGCCUCUUCUCAGGGAAAGCCCGGCAGCGGAAUAAAUCAGGAGACGACUUCAAGGAAAGUAAAGGGAGCUCGCCCUCUGGGAGUCAUAGUGCUUCAUCAAAAGUAAAAAAUUUCUUUGAUCAGUUUAGACCUCGUUCUAAGUCGGAUUUAUCAGGUGUUAAGAAACCAGGGAAAAAGCACAGUGCUACCUCAGCGGCAAAUAAGAUGGACCAUUCUAUGGAUGAAUCACAGUUACGGGAUUCAUUAAUGAAUGCACGGAUGAAUGACCAUGGACCUAAACCCCAGGGGGCCAGUACGCCCAUGGGGCAGAUUCUUGAGAACCAAUUGAUGGUUCCUCUAAAUGACGGUCGGACUCGGCACGCCUCGAGUCCAGCUGAUUUUGUGUUGAAUAGAUAUCGUGCACGUUCAAAUUCAGAUUCUAAAACAAAACCCCCAAGGAGACAGCUAGUCCACCAGAGUAGUAUAAGCCCGCCUAGUUCACCUUUACUCUCGCCCCUCAAGUCAUUUUCAUCAUCAUCCGAGCCUAAAUCUGCCCCACCUAUUGUGACGCGGCCCCCAUCAUUGUCAAACAAUGAGCACACCCACGCCAUUGUCUACAAAACAGAUGGACAUCAUCAUCAUAAGUUAUUGGACUCCACCGAGAGAAUGGAGAUAGAAGACUUGGAUGAGAAUGAGGACCAGGUAUUCGUAAAAUUUAUGAGGGCACACAAAUGCUACGACCUCAUUCCAACCAGUGCAAAACUUGUCAUCUUCGAUACGCUGUUAAAUGUAAAAAAGGCAUUUUUUGCGUUGGUGUACAAUGGUGUUCGGGCGGCACCGCUCUGGGACAAUGUCAAACAGGACUAUGUUGGUAUGCUGACAAUUACAGACUUCAUAAACAUUCUACAGAAAUAUUACAAGUCUCCAGAGGCACGAAUGGAUGAACUUGAAGAACACAAGAUCGAGACUUGGCGAGAAGAAUUGAAGGACAAACAGAAGCCCUUUGUGUACAUUGAUCCCGACGCAAGUUUGUUUGAUGCCAUCAAGACUCUCAUCGACAAACAUGUCCACAGACUACCGGUCAUCGACAGACUGACAGGCAAUGCAAUCUACAUCCUCACCCACAAAAGGAUUCUGCGCUUUCUAUACUUAUAUAUCAAUGAACUACCAAAGCCUAGUUAUAUGCAGAAGACGUUAAAGGAAUUGAACAUAGGAACGUAUGACAAUGUUGUCACCGCUAACACAGACACACCGCUGUACAAAGCCCUGAACAUGUUUGUGGAACACCGGAUAUCGGCACUGCCUGUUCUCGACGCCAAUGGACGUGUUGUCAAUAUAUAUGCCAAGUUUGAUGUUAUUAAUCUGGCAGCAGAGAAGACCUACAAUAACCUAGAUAUCACUGUAGAGCAGGCCUUACAGCACCGCGAACAGGAGAUGUGGUUUGAAGGAGUGGUCACCUGCCAGGAAACGGACUCCUUAGAUUCUGUCCUGGAGAAGAUCGUCAGAGCAGAGAUCCAUCGUCUGGUGAUCACGGACGCUGACCAGCAUGUAGUCGGUAUUGUGUCACUGUCCGACAUACUCACAUUCUUAGUUCUCACACCAUCAGGAUUUGAACCAUCGUCAAAGAGAUCCUGAUUUCUAUUAUAUUGAAAGACUUUGGAUAAAGUAAUGUUGACUGGCUAGUUCAACUAGAGGAAGUAGUUGUUGGGUUAUGGAGCUGUCAAUCACCAAAGAUAUGUGGGCGGAGCUUCAUGUGAACCGGCCAAUUACAGAGAGAGUAUCGGUUGGUCCAACAAUGUACGGGGACACAGUCGGCCGUUUAUCACGACGCGACAUUCUGACUCACGGAAGGAGCUUCAGAACAGUAUUGGUCUUAGUUUAAAACCGUGACAAUUGUUUGUGACGAGAUUUCAUUCUUUUAUAUGUUUUUUAUUGACCAUAACAUGCUUUAUAUAAAAAAUAGUGAAAACAUAUUUAAGGAUGUAUUUUAUUUAUUUUUCUGAUAAGUGAUUUUCUUAAUGGCUGCAAGUUCAUUAUGUGAAUAGCCUUCCAUUAAUUUUCUUCAGAUAUUUUGAAUAUUUGAGAUGAGUUUGAUGUCGCUGAAAGAGCUGAGAAUUUAUAUUCUAGUUGGGAGAGAUUAUUCUGUCUGAUAUGCUCAAAUCCUUGUUCACUUGUUCACCAGUCAGAAUAUCUGGCAUGUAGAAGGAAAACGAUUCAUGUAUGUAUCUACCGAUGUGAAUAAAAUUGGACAACCUACAUGGAAACGGUACAGUUUAUGUACGUCUAUAAGUCUCGAUAUCAAAUAUUGGGGACAAAAGAUGACACAGGUGCUGCAAAUAGGCCAACAUAUAUACCGAUGUCAACUAAAGGGAAAUAACCCACAUCACAAAGCUAUUUGUUCAAGUCUGGUAAGCUUAAAAAAUCAUUAACUCAUUUUCAUUAUUUUCCUUUGUUAAAAUAGACCGCUAGUACAUGUAGUUUCAUAUGAUUACCGUAUCACACGUUUGUUACUAUCUAGUCUGACAAAGUUUCCGUGUACAUGAUAACUUUGAAAACUUAAUUCAAAAUAAACGUUUUCCAUCAUAAUCCAAUUUCAUGGGGUGUACAGGAAAGUUCGGUUUGUAGGAAAUAUGUAAAAGAAAUAAUUACUGACACAAAUUUACUGUAGAGUCAUUGAAUAUGAGGCUGGACAAAGCUUUUCCUUAAAAAUGAUUAAUCUUUUUAUUUACAUGUAUUAUAAGUAUCAAUAAUAUGUAUACAUUCAGUAAUAGCGCUAUAGGUAAACACAUUUGAUUUUAUAACUGGCAUUUUUGUAAUUAAUAAUUACUUAAAUUCAUAUUGCAGUUAUGUAUUUCUUAUGAUUUCAUCUAAUGUGAUCAAUGAUUUUUAAGGAAAUUUAUUCAAAAUCAAAUAUCAAGCAAACUACAAAUGAUAAAAAGUGCCAGUAUAUAAGUUAGAAUAUAUUUUGCUUAUAUUUACUGUAAUAUGUAAAAAAAAAAAAAAAUCCCAAAAUUUCCUCUACAUUUCCAGCAAAAGAUGAUUUUAAUAAUUGGCAUGCACUUCCGAAAAAAAAAAAUAAAAGGAUGAUGAUAAUUUGAAUGCAUUUUGCGGAUGUGUGUCAAAGCAGACUGUCUACAUUUUCAUUACAAAUAUUAUAUCAUUAUUUUCCCCAGAUCAGAUUAUGCAUAUUAAGUUAGUGAAAUUUCAACACUUAAAAUUAAUUCAAUAUUAAUUUGAGUUGCUUACAUGGUAAACAUGGUGUUAGGAAGAUGCAGAAAAAAAAUUAUCUAUUCUUAAAAAUUGAUUAAAUAUAAUUUAUGUUAGUUUUUUAUUAAGCUGAAAGCUUCGAACAAUGUGAUGUUGUGUUGGCUUUGGAUGUGAAAAAAAUAAGUGUUUUCAUUUGAUCGUAUCAUUUUGGAGAUAGUUCAUUGUCUAGAAAUUAAAAUUAUAAAGAAAAAAAAUACAAAAACAAGACAACAUGGUCAGCUAGAGAAGAUGUUUUUUUAUUUUCAAAUAAUGUAGUAUAUUUUAUGUGUCAGAGCCAUAUCAUACGAAUAUCAUUUUAUACUUUGUCAGAUAUACAAUGCCAGUUCAGACAUUUUUUCAUACUAUGGGAACAUUAAUUAUAACGACUUAGGAUCAUUUAAGGUGGUAUGUGUGUAAAGGUCUUGUGUACAGGUCUGCCUGAAGAGCUGAGCUUUUGGCUCUCCGAGGUGUUCAGCGCUAUCACGGUCCCUUAAAAUGUUGAGUUUGGGUCAGCCUUGAGCUUUGGGCCCUCUGAGGUGUUCAGCGCUAUCACGGUUCCAUGAAAUGUUGAGCUCGGGUCAGCAUGGAUAGUUAAGCUCCAAGGCUCCUUAGUUUAAAGUUUCAUACAGAAUAGAUCUUGAAAACUGUUGACCUUCGGAAGUAAUAUGUUUGGGGCCUAUUGGGCUUCGAGUGUUGACCAUCAGAAGUAAUAAGUUUGGGGCCUAUUGGGCUUCGAGUGUUGACCAUCGGAAGUAAUAAGUUUGGGGCCUUAUUGGGCUUCGAGUGUUGACCAUCGGAAGUAAUAAGUUUGGGGCCUAUUGGGCUUCGAGUGUUGACCAUCGGAAGUAAUAAGUUUGGGGCCUAUUGGGCUUCGAGUGUUGACCAUCGGAAGUAAUAAGUUUGGGGCCUAUUGGGCUUCGAGUAAUGACCAUCGGAAGUAAUAAGUUUGGGGCCUAUUGGGCUUCGAGUGUUGACCAUUGGAAGUAACAAGUUUGGGGCCUAUUGGACUGGAGUGUUAUGCUUGCGGCCUGAUGUAAAAGUUUUACUGAUCCUUUUGUGCAUUUCUAAAAAUAUGUUAAAAGUUAUUGUUGCCUGUGUUAAAAGGACAUUUUCAGUGAUCUCAUUGAAUCUUGAUUCUUAUCCAAUGUUGUUCAUGUUAGUAUCGGUCCUACCCAUUCCAGCCCUCUAUUCUUGAACCCUGAAAGUUAUGACAGAAAAUUAAAGUCAUCAAAUUUUCACAAUUCUUUUAAAGAUAUAUUUUAAUUAAUAAAGUAAAUAAAUAUCAAAUUCAAUUGUCACAAUAUCAAUGAAAGUUAAAUUAAAAACUCAGAAGAAAUCAAUCAAUGCCUUUGUUCUUUGUUAAUCUUAUCAAAUAGAAAGUUUUCAACUUUUUUCAUAUUCAUGGAGCAUUGACUGUAACACUGAGUUUAACAGGGGAGCAUUCAAUAUUUACAUAUUCACAUAUUAAGAAAUGUAUAUUUGAUUUUUCUUCAUUUUGGUGAGUGAUUUUGUAUUCAAAUAUGAGUAAAGGAAACUAAUUGAAAAUAAAAUAAAUAUAACUAGUUUAGAAAAUAGUGUGAAAAAAUGAAAAUUACUUUCUGUGAUUUAGGAAAUAAUGACAGUACUGGUGGUGAAUUCAAUUUUAUAGGAAUUUUUACCAAGAAUUGUAACUGAUUGAAAAUGUUCCAAUGUUCUAAAUGUAUGCACGUUUGUGCCUAGCUAGUUGUGAUCAAAUAUUCUAAAAGAAAGGCAGAGUGGAAGCUGGCAACUUCAAACAUUUACACAACUUGAUCUUUCUCUGAGUGUUUAAAAUUAAUCAUUCAGAGGUCAAAACGAGAAUGAUGUUGAUAAUGUGAAGAUUUGUACUUGAUUUAACUGUCUUGACUGCUUCGUACUUUUGGGCAUUAGACUUUUGGCCACGUGUGUGCUCAUGGUGUCAAUAGACAUGCUAGGAAUUUAAAGUCAUUGAAGGGGACUGACAUCAAAUAAAGUAUAUGUUUGAGAUAUUUAAAAGACAAUUAACAAUAAAAUUGUUAUUGGAAUGGUUGGGUUGGCAAACCUGUUGUGUAUUGAUGAUCAAUUUCUUACCCUUGAGAACCAGAAGGUAGAUUUGACAUGGGAUUCAGAGAUUGUAACCAAAGAUGCCACAACAUGUGUGAAUAUGUUGGAUGUGUAAAAUAUGUGUUUGGAAAAUGUGGUACACAUGUGUCUUACUGAGCCAGACCAGGGUUUACAAGGUUACACAUAAAGGUCAUGUCAAGGUCAAGCUAUGUUAUAGGUCAUGUCAAGGUCAUUCUCUGUAAAAUUCUGGUCAAGUAACAAUAAUAUAUCAAUUUUGUAGAGAUUUUUGUCAAGGAGACCUAGGAUUAUAGUUGAUGCAAACCAUUGAAAAUGAUAUUUUAAUUCAAAUUCUUAGAAGUAAUUAGUUUGUGUGUUUUGAUUACAUGGUGUUAAUUAGAGGGCAGGUAUAUAGAACUCAUUAGUCAGGUGGAAUUUGAAAUAUUACUUAUGUGUCCUUGCUUUCCCUGGCCUGGCUUGGACAGUUUAUGUUUGCGAUUGUAAAUACCUGUUAAACAAAUGCUGUUAGAAUGGAUGUUUUUUGUAAGAUUGUACAUAUGUUAUUUCUGA